AUGAAGACCUCAGUUAUCCUCGCGCUUUGGACUACCUUGGUGGCUCAGGGGCUCACAGCACCAGUAGCUCGUGCCAACACUGGAUCCCUCGUGGCGCGUGGCGACGAUGCUGAUGAUGCUUAUCACACUAUAACGCCGCAUGAAAAGAGAGGGGAUGAUGCUGAUGAUGCCUACCACACCAUUACUCCCCACGAAAGGCGGGGAGACGAUGCGGAUGACGCUUACCAUACCAUUACUCCUCAUGAGAGACGUGGCGACGAUGCUGAUGAUGCCUACCAUACAAUUACGCCACAUGAGAAAAAGAAGCGCGGCGAUGACGCUGACGACGCUUACCACACAAUCACACCGCAUGAGAAUAAGAAGCGUGGUGAUGAUGCUGAUGACGCCUACCAUACUAUAACGCCGCAUAACGAGAAGAGAGGAGAUGACGCCGAUGAUGCUUACCACACCAUCACCCCGCAUGAGAAGAAAGAGUAA